CUCGUACUUAAACAAACAGACCCGUUUCCUCAUUCUUUCUUUUCUCUCCAUGGAGUGAGUAGUGAGUUCAAAGAGAGAACUGUUUUCUUGAGUUCUCAGAAAUGAAAUCUUUAGACUCAAAAACAGUCUUAUCUUACACUCAACACCAUCGGAAAAUCAAACAAUUCAAUGCCGAGAGACCAAAUUUCAGAACAAUUUCUCCUCGUUCUAAACAUCCAAAAACCAAUCUAAGAAUCCGUUCUUGUAAAAAUUCUGAUGAAAAGAAUGUUGAAAAAAUUCCAGAUAAAACAGGAAGACGAAAUGUAUUGGUUACACCAGCUUUGGCGAUUGGAUCAUAUUUCUUAAAAUCAAUUGUGGUUAAAGCAGCUGAAGAGAAAGGAGGAGGAGUGGAAGAGAAUGGAGUAAUCACAGCUGGGACUUCUCCUCCUCCUGCAGCUCCAGUUGUGGAGAAAGAGAAGGCGAAGGAAGAAUUAGAAGUGAUAAUAUCUAGGGUUUAUGAUGCUACAGCAAUUGGAGAGCCGUUAGCUAUUGGAAAAGAUAAGAGUAGAGUUUGGGAGAAAUUGAUGAAUGCGAGAAUUGUUUAUUUAGGUGAAGCUGAACAAGUACCUGUUCGUGAUGAUAAGGAGCUUGAAUUAGAGAUUGUUAAGAAUUUAAGGAGUAAGUGUUUAGAGAAUGAAAGACCUAUUUCGCUUGCUCUUGAAGCUUUUCCUCUUAAUUUGCAACAACAGCUUAACCAGUAUAUGGAUAAAAGCAUUGAUGGUGAAGCUUUGAAGUCUUACGCAUCACACUGGCCACCAGAACGCUGGCAGGAAUAUGAACCUCUUUUAAGUUAUUGUCGUGAUAAUGGAGUUCGCCUUGUUGCUUGCGGUACACCACUUGAGGUACUGAGAACUGUUCAAGCGGAUGGCAUAAGUGCCCUUUCUAAGGAAGACCGUAAGUUAUAUGCUCCUCCAGCUGGGUCAGGUUUCAUUGCAGGUUUUUCAUCCAUAUCCCGCAGGUCACCAGCUGAUCUAGCUUCACCAAAUCCAACGGUUCCUUUUGGACCAAGCUCGUAUUUGUCCGUACAAGCAAGAGUUAUCGAGGACUAUACAAUGUCUCAAGUCAUCCUUCAAGCAGCUGCAGAUGGAGGUUCCACGGGACUGCUUGUAGUGAUAACAGGUGCAAGCCAUGUCAUGUAUGGAUCAAGAGGGACAGGGCUGCCUGCUAGAAUUUCAAAGAAAAUGCAAAAGAAAAAUCAGACGGUCAUAUUACUUGAUCCGGAGAGGCAACAACUACGAAGAGAGGGAGAAGUUCCUGUUGCUGAUUUCUUGUGGUACUCUGCAGCAAGACCUUGUAGUAGGAAUUGCUUCGAUCGUGCUGAAAUUGCUCGAGUGAUGAAUGCAGCUGGCAGGAGGCGAGAUGCUUUACCUCAGGACAUACAGACCGGACUUGAUCGUGGUCUCAUAGCACCAGAAGUAUUACAGAACUUCUUUGAUCUGGAGCAAUAUCCUGUCAUUUCUGAACUCACUCACCGCUUUCAGGGUUUCAGGGAAAGAUUGUUGGCAGAUCCCAAAUUCCUAAAUAGGCUAGCUAUAGAAGAAUGUAUCUCAAUAACAACGACACUCAUAGCACAAUAUGAAAGGAGAAAAGAAAAUUUCUUUGAAGAAAUUGAUUAUGUAAUUACAGAUACAAUCAGGGGAGCCGUUGUUGAUUUCUUCACCGUGUGGCUCCCUGCCCCAACUCUAACCUUUCUUCCCGAUGCUAGUGAUAUGGCUGUGCCGGAGAGCAUGGAUGCAUUACAGGGUAUUCUUGGAUCCAUUCCAGAUAAUGCAUUUCAAAAGAAUAUUGCUGGCAGGGACUGGCAGUUGAAUAAUAGGGUUGCGUCUGUAAUUGUUGGGGGUCUUAAACUUGCUGGAGUCGGGUUUAUUUCCAGUAUUGGUGCUGUUGCUUCUUCCAAUAUUUUGAACGCAAUACGCAGAUUGCUUAAUCCUGCACUUUCUGUUGAGGAAAACAGCAGAAGGACUCCACUACUUAAGUCAGCUGUUGUUUAUGGAUCGUUUCUCGGAACUUCAGCAAAUAUACGGUAUCAGAUUAUUGCUGGCUUAGUGGAGCACCGGGUUGGAGAAUAUCUGCAAACUUCUCAACCUAUUCUCGUUAAUGUUCUCUCUUUUGUUGUCCGCACACUUAACGCUUACUGGGGAACCCAGCAAUGGAUUGAUCUUGCAAGGUCGACAGGAUUGCAGAAAAGGAAGGGUGAAUUACCUUCUUCUGAAAUAUCAGGUACUUCUGAAGCAUCCUUAUUGAGCGGCAAUGCAAUCCAAGAAUCUAGUAUGACAGAGGAAACCCAAAACCAAUCAGGUGAUAAUCCUACAUAGAAUAACGCUCUGACGACUUUGUAUCAAUAUCUAUUAUUUGUCGUCAAUUUUGUACCAAUACUCCUACAGAUAAGUUGAGAAAUAUAGCAAAACAAGUGUCAAAAAUCCAUCCCCGUAUCUCUUCUUCAUAGCCAUUACAUAUUUUGUUUGUUUGUAUAGAUUUCUCAUAUUCCAUUUGAAUUCACAAAUUAGAUUCUGAUCUUUGUGGAAAGAUAUCCACUCAA